AUGACCAAAGUCCUCCUCACCGGGGCCACCGGCUACAUAGGCGGCACCGUCCUGGACCACCUAAUCAAGAGCUCAGCAACAAGCGUCAAAGACUUAAACUUCGACCUCCUCGUGCGUAGCAAUGACGCCGCAGAGAAGCUCAUCAAGAAGUAUGGAGAUCGCGUCAAGCCAAUUCUCUGGGCUGGAUUCACAGAUCUCGCAUUCAUCACCGACACAGCCGCCAACUACGACAUCAUUAUCAACGCCGGCACUGGCUUUCUCCCAGAGGGCACAAAAGCUUUCAUCCACGGUCUCGCCCGGCGGAUUGGACCAGACAAGCCGGUACCCUGGUUUAUACACAUCUCGGGGUGCACGAACCUCUCAGACCGUCCAUUGACGGCAACCGCCUACCCAGACAGAGAAUGGGACGACGCGAACGGCAACGCCGUCUACGAGUUCCUCAAGAGCGAGGACGCCCGCGAUCCCUACCCCCAACGAACAACCGAAGUGGGCGUACUCACCCUCGCCGAAGAAACAGGCGUGCAGGCAGUGAGUCUAAACGCGCCGGGUAUCUUCGGGACUGGGCGCGGGCUUUUCAACACCCAGGGUCUCGUUCACUUACUCGCAAUGAGCUAUAUCCUCAAGCACGGAUACGGAUAUAAGUUAAACGACACGGCAAAUUUCGACUGGGUGCAUGUCGAGGAUCUAGCUGACGUGUUUGUACUCCUUGUCCGUGCUAUUUUGGAACGUGAGGACCGGGGCGUGGGAUAUAUUCCCUCUAGCAAGAAUGGGAUUAUCUUUCCUGCUGUUGGCCGCGUGUCACUGAUCCAAAUUAUGGAGGAGGGUCUGGAUGCCGCUUUUGGGGCGGGUGUUCUGCCUCGUGAGGAUACACUGAAGGAAAAGGAGAUCCGGUUAGUGGGGCUUCAGGAGGUCGCUGAUGAGGUUAUGGGGGGUCUUUUGGACAUGGCUGAGCGGGGUGUUGCUGGACAUAAGAAGAUGAAGGGUACUGUGGCGAGGAGGUUGCUCGGUUGGAAUCCGUCGAGACUGGAAGAGCAUUGGAGGCAGGCAUAUGUAGAUGCGAUUGAGGUGUUGCAAAGUAGGAAGGGGUCUGAUACUCUGGAAACAUGCCUAGGUAAGUGA